AUGAAGCUCUACCCCAUGUAUCCCACAGGGUAAAAUCAAAGCUAUCAGAUAUCUCUAUUUAUUGUAAUAAUAUUUGUUAAGUUGUCCAGGGGACCGCAAAUGAAAUAAUUAACCAUUUGUAUUAAGUCUUCUAUGGACAUUAAUUUCUAUUUCUUUAGACAAUCCUACCCUUAUCAAAAAAAGCAUUGCUUGCUUGGCUUCCUUGAUGAGUUGUAUAUGCCCAUCAAAGCAAAGCAUUUGGAUCUUUAUACUUCUUUAGAUUUAUGAGUUUUCUGUUCAAUUUGUCUGAUAAGCACUUCUUCCUAUAAGCCAGUCCUUCCAAGUUUUGAGAAUUUGAUGAUGAAGAUAAGCCAUGAAAGAGGGAAAGCAGUGGAAGUGUACAACAACAUUGAUAUUUUCCAUGAUUAUAAUAGAACUUCAUCGAAUGUUCCAUGUAAGGAACAUCCGCAACUAUCUUCAGCUGGUGUAUGUGCUUAUUGUCUCAGAGAUCGUUUGAUCAAUUUGGUUUGCUCAGAUUGUGGUGUUCAGCGUUUCUCGUCUUGUUCAUGCGCUGGUCGCGGCGGUGAAGCAGCCGGCAUUGGGCGUGUCUCGUUCUUGAUUGAGAAUGAAAACAAGGAGCAAGUUCCGAAUGCCAAGCCUAGAAGGAGUCCUAGUGCUGGAAACAAAUCAGAAGAGAUCUUCUUAAUCAAGAGAAGCAAUAGUGGCUGCGCUGAGAUCAAGAAAAAGAAAGGGUUUUGGGGGUUUGGAAGAUUGUUCGGGAAAAAAAGAGACAAAGAUUGUAAUGAUUGUGGUAAGAGUGAAGGUGGAGUCGAUGAGAAAAGCGAUUUGUUGGUCGUUGAUUGUACAGGCGUAUCAAGGUCAAGGUCUCUUUGUAGUUUCAGGGGUGGUGGGUUUUUUGGAUCGGAAGAUAGAGGCGAUUUGACGAAAUUUUCAGGUGCUAGGAACUCCGUUUCAGCUGCUCGGAGUUCUGGUUUCAAUGGCGGUUUGGGUUUCGAUGGUGAAAGGAAAAGUGGCCUUAGUGAAUUAGGAGAACCGAGGAAAAGCGGUUCUGAUAGUGCAGCAGAUAUUAAAGCUACGAGAAAAGCUGGUUGUGGGGGUUUCAUGGAAGUUGAUGGUGGUGCAAACAGGCGGGUGCAAAGGUAUUUUAAUGGUGGGGAUGAUGAUUCAGGCUUCAUUGACUUAAAAUUUGGUUUUCAAGCAGAGAAUAAGGGUGCUUUGUCAGCUUUUGGCAGCAUGAGAAAUGGUUGCUCCAUUGAAAAUGCAAGUUCAUGUCAGAUAACAGUGGAUGAAAGAGAGAUCAAACAAAGCAGAAAAAGUUUCAAGGGAUGGCGAUGGAUUUUCAAAUCACCAGAAAAAUGAAAAUCUUAUAGCCCCCGUCUUUCAAAUUUUUAAUCUCUGUUUUUUACUUUGUAUUCAUGUCUAAGAUCGAGUGGCUUGUUUUGACAGAGAAAUGUAUUCAUUGUUGCUAUAGAGCCUUUUUAAAUAAAAGCAAGAGAAGAUGUUCAUAAGGUAGCACCAAUAUGAAUCUCAACCAAA